CUGCUGUGGGACAUGCCAUGAUUUACUAUGGCAAAUAAUCAUUUUCUCGCCUUUAAUGACAAUGAAUGACAUGUAGUUUGUCAGCUGUAUAUGUCCCCCAAUUACCAAAAACCAGCGAAUAGUGGCACUACUGUAACAUAAAGUAAGGGCAGUUUCUGGCCGGAGGCAGCGUCGCCACUUUGGACUUUUUUUCUAGGAGCGAUUCCGACCAUCCGCACAACAGCACGGGAGAAUGAAAGCGCAACCGCAGGACGUUAUUGUGCUCAUUUCACUACCGUUAGCUGCCACUUAAAGAUCACAACUGGUGCAUGAACGGGGCCAAAUCCUGCAGGUCCCACCAACUGUAAGGUUUAGUAGACAAAACGUGAGCAGAAAAGCCAUCUGGUGUCCUCCUCGCCUUUCGGUUCCAGUCGCAGGCAAAAGCAGCUGCGGCCAUGGAGGAGGAGGUGAAUACGGAGUAUCUGCUGGAGCAGGUGACACAGAAGGACCUGGGGAAGAGGCUCCAGGUGGGCCAGGAGCUCGUCGAUCUAAUCCUGGAUGAGGAGCGGUCCCCCAAGCUGGAGCAGGACCAGAUCGUGAUGGACAGGCUGGUCGACGCAGUGGCCAGUUCCUGGGUCAACUCCAGCAACUUCAAGGUGGUAUUACUGGGGAUGGAUAUUCUGUCAGCUUUGGUUAACAGACUGCAGGAGAGAUUCAGGACACAGGUUGGAACCGUUCUGCCUAGCCUCAUAGAUCGAAUGGGAGAUGCCAGGGACCAAGUUCGAGAACAAGACCAAGCACUUCUGCUAAAGAUUAUGGACCAGGCUGCAAACCCUCAGUACAUGUGGGAGCGAAUGAUGGGAGGCUUCAAACAUAAAAACAACAAGACCAGGGAAGGACUCUGCCUCUGCCUCAUCUCAACCUUAAAUGUUUUUGGAUCUCAGAGCCUGACACUCAGUAAAAUUGUUCCUCACAUCUGCAGCCUCCUUGGAGAUCCCACAAGUCAGGUACGUGAUGGAGCCAUGAACUGCCUUGUGGAGAUCUACCGGCAUGUUGGAGAACGAGUGAGAAUGGACCUGGGAAAGAAGGGCCUGCCUCAGUCACGGUUAAACGUCAUCUUCAGCAAAUUUGAUGAAGUUCAAAGGUUGGGAAACAUGAUCCUGUCGCCUGUGUCAGAUAAAAACUUUGAGGACGAUGACUCAGUGGAUGGCGGCCAAUCCACAUCUUUGUCCAAAGGAGCCUCACUGUCUGGAAGGAAGACGGUGAGCAUGGGUUCGUUUCGACGUCCUGGCUCGACCGCCAGCGCCAAGUCUACAGGGAGAGACGGGUCUGGUGCUGGAGCUGUGGAUGAGGAGGACUUUAUCCAGGCCUUUGAGGAUGUUCCCAAAGUGCAGAUCUACUCUAACAGGGAGGUGGAUGAGGCCUUGACCAAAAUUCGAGAUGUGCUAUCAGAUGAGAAGAAGGACUGGGAGCUCAGAGUGGCAGCUCUUAAAAAGGUGCGUUCACUGCUCCUGGCCGGUGCAGCUGAGUUUGACGGGUUUUUGCAGCAGCUGCGUGUCAUAGAGCCAGCUUUCAAACUGUCUGCCAAGGACCUCCGCUCUCAGGUGGUGAGAGAGGCCUGCAUCACUCUGGGUCACCUAUCGUCAGUGCUUGGCAGCCGGUUUGACCACACAGCAGAGGCCAUCAUGCCAACCCUCCUCAAUCUGGUUUCCAACAGUGCCAAAGUCAUGGCCACUUCCGGUGUGGCAGCUAUACGGCUCAUCCUCAGACACACCCACUACCCACGUCUCAUCCCCAUCAUCACCAGCAACUGUACCUCCAAAUCUGUGGCUGUCAGAAGACGUUGCUUUGAGUUCCUAGAUUUGCAGCUACAGGAGUGGCAGACAAAUUCUCUGGAAAAAUAUGGAUCAGUUUUAAUGGAGACUAUAAAGAAAGGAAUUCAUGAUGCAGAUGCAGAGGCUCGCUCUGUGGCCAGAAAGUGUUACUGGGGUUUCCAUGGCCACUUCAGUCGGGAGGCAGAGCAGUUAUUCCAGGGCCUGGAGUCAUCGUACCAGAAAGCUUUGCAAGCUCACUUGAAGAGUGGAGACAGUCUGAUGUCGCUGCCAGCUUCUGAUCGCUCCUCAUCUUCUUCUCAAGAGAGUUUAAAUCGGCCACUGUCUGUAAAAUGCACCACUGGAAGCAGCACAAAAUCCAAAGCCACUCAUAACUCCAAGACACCAGCUACAGCCUCCACUCCGGGUUCCCUCCAACGCUCUCGCAGCAAUGUGGACAUCAAUGCCGCAACCGCAGCGACAGCGCGCUCACGGAUGUUUGCCGUGCCCUCUGUUGUGUCACCAUCAACAGCUUUCAGCUCAGCCUCAGCGCUUCCUCCUGGAUCUUAUGCUUCUCUGGGCGGCUCGUGGUCUGUUAUAGCAGAUGGUCGAGUACGAACAAGGAAGUCAUGUUCAGGAAAUAGUCCAGCUGUGACAGACAACCGCAGUCGGAGUCGAGGAAAAGUUGUCUCACAGUCUCAACCCGGCAGUAGAUCAGGUUCUCCUGGACGAUUGCUAAGUUCAACUUACGCCAGGGCUCCAAGGCGGAUGAUGGGAACUGCCGCUGCUCCCAACAGCACCGGGCUGAGUGACAAGAGUCGGCCACAGGGCCACCGCAGCCAUGGUUGCAGCCGAGAGACCAGCCCUAACAGAUCAGGCACAGCUCGGAGUCGAAUUCCUCGACCCAGCAUAAGUCAGGGCUGCAGCCGCGAAACCAGUCGCGAGAGCAGCCGUGACACUAGCCCUGCCAGGGGUUUCUCCCCCCUGGCCACUCGCUCUCACUCUCACUCCCGUUCAACCAGCGCCCUGUCCUCUGCAGAGUGCGCCUCAGAUCGGCUGUCCCAUCAGGCUCGGAUCUCAGCCUCUGUGAAUGCUAUGAGAAUCCUCAACACAGGCACAGAGGUUGAGGCUGCUGUUGCAGAUGCUCUGCUCUUAGGAGACUCGAGGAGUAAGCGGAGGCCAGUGAGGCGGCGUUUUGAGUCCCCGGGCAUAUACUCUGAUGACGACGCCAACAGUGACGCCUCCAGCGCCUGCUCAGAGCGCUCAUUCAGCUCUCGUAAUGGAGGCAUGACACCACACUUUCAACGUCAGACAGAGGACAUGGCAGAGGUGCUUAACCACUGUGCCAGCACUAACUGGUCUGAGAGGAAAGAGGGACUGCUGGGGCUGCAAAACCUGCUCAAGAGCCAAAGAAUGCUCAGUCGCGUGGAGCUGAAGAGGCUUUGCGAAAUCUUCACCAGGAUGUUUGCAGACCCUCACAGCAAGGUCUUUAGUAUGUUCCUGGAAACUCUGGUGGACUUCAUCACGCUACACCGAGAUGAUCUGCAGGACUGGCUCUUUGUCCUUCUUACACAGCUGCUGAAGAAAAUGGGGGCUGACCUACUGGGCUCUGUCCAGGCAAAAGUCCAGAAGGCCCUGGAAGUCACCAGGGAGUCUUUCUCAUAUGAGCUGCAAUUCAAUAUCCUGAUCCGUUUCAUCGUGGAUCAAACACAGACGCCCAACCUCAAAGUGAAGGUGGCCAUAUUGCGCUACAUUGAGGCUCUAGCCCGUCAGAUGGACCCAGCUGACUUUGUCAACUCAAGCGAAACACGCCUUGCCGUCUCACGCAUCAUCACAUGGACCACAGAGCCCAAGAGCUCUGACGUGCGUAAGACACUUCAUAACUGGGCUGGGGAGGAUUUCUCAGGUAGACCAAGCACUGUGGCCUCUCUGCCAGGAGAAGGCAGCCUGGAGGAGAGGUGCAAGCAGGCGGCCCAGGUGGUGCUGAUUGCCCUGUUUGAGCUCAACACACCAGAGUUCACCAUGCUGCUAGGAGCUCUGCCCAAAACCUUCCAGGACGGGACCACCAAGCUGCUGCACAACCACCUGAGGAACACCAGCAGCAACAGCGACAUUGUCACGAUGUCUCCAAAUAACUCGGCAGGGAGGACCCCUCCUCGACAGCCCAGCACCCACAGUAGCCCGCUCACCUCACCCACCAACUGCUCCCAUGGGGGUCUUUCUCCUAGUCGGCUGUGGGGUAAAGGCACAGAGGGCCACCCCAAGUUUCCUCCUUCAUCCUUUCCCUCCCCUCUUCCUCCACCUGCUGCUUACUCCUCCCUCAAGUCCCUGCGGCGUGCUUACUCACCCAGCAUGUUGGACUAUGACAGUGAGAACCUGAACUCAGAGGAGAUCUACAGUUCUCUGCGUGGUGUUACUGAGGCCAUCCAAAACUUCAGCUUCUGCAGUCAAGAAGACCUGAUGGAGCCGCUGAGACGGGAUAGCAAGAGAGACAGCAUGUCUGGAUUUGAAGCAUCUUUAGACUCUUCCCCUUGGCGUGGUGCUGAUGUUGUGGAGGGUGGACGCACAGCUCUGGACAACAAGACCUCAUUGCUUAACACACCUUCGCCACGAUCUUUUGCCGGGCCUCGUUUUAGAGAAUACAAUCCGUACAACUACACCGACAGCAUCAGCACAGUAGAGAAAGCUACUUUGAAAGAGGCGCUAUAUGAGAGUGCCGUAGAGCAGCUUCGAGAUGGACAUCGGCAAGAAUGUGUUGAAAACAAGAUCCUAAACCCCAAAAGCUUCCCAACAGGUCCAGCUGAGCAGCUGAAGCUAGUGGGGGAGCUGCUAAAGGAGCUCUCCCAGUGUCAGGCAGGGGAGCAGGGACCUGAAGACCAGCGGGGAACCCUACUGGACCUACUGAAGGUGGCUCGAGAGGACAGCCUGGUGGUUUGGGAGGAACACUUUAAGACCAUGCUGCUGCUGUUGCUUGAGACUCUUGGAGAUAAAGAUCACACAAUCCGUGCACUGGCCUUACGUGUCCUGAAGGAGAUUUUGAGGAACCAGCCAGCUCGCUUCAAGAACUACGCUGAGCUCACUAUCAUGAAGACACUUGAAGCUCAUAAAGAUUCACAUAAGGAGGUGGUGCGAGCAGCAGAGGAAGCAGCCUCCAUGAUUGCAGGCUCCAUCCACCCGGAACAGUGCAUCAAGGUCCUCUGCCCUAUUGUGCAGACAGCCGACUACCCCAUCAACCUGGCUGCUAUCAAGAUGCAAACAAGGGCCAUUGAGCGCAUUACAAAGGAACCUCUCCACCAACUACUGCCCGAUAUCAUACCUGGACUCCUGCAGGGGUAUGACAACACAGAGAGCAGUGUGAGAAAGGCCAGUGUUUUCUGCCUGGUGGCCAUUUACUCUGUGAUUGGGGAGGAGCUGAAGCCUUACCUUGCUCAGCUGACCGGCAGCAAGAUGAAGCUGCUCAACCUGUAUAUCAAGCGAGCCCAGACAUCCACCAGCAACAGCAGCAGCUCCUCUGACAUUUCCUCCUACUAACUCCAGCAGAUGCUUACGUUUAGGAUCAAGGCUUUCCCUAACAAACAUUCAAUAUUUCUCAUAGUUUUGCCUGCUGAUAAAGCUGAACUGGUUUUGGAGGGAUCAUGCUCUCAUGGUUCCAUCUGCUUUAUCCAGCUUCAACUUUACUUUAGGUUAUUUUUAGAGGUGAAAUGACCAUGGCAGCGUAGGCAUUUAACAGAUCAUCACACUAAGCCUCUUCUUCAUCCUCUUCCACACUUUUAUGAGCCUUAAAUAUUAUUAUUUUUAAUAUAUAUACUGUAUUAAUAUUAUUAUUAAUAAAUAUUAUUGUCUGCCACAAUGGAACCAAUGUGACCAUGGAAAACAUGAUCAAAUUGGUGCAGCUGUGUGCCUAAACCUAAGAUCUUCUCUUGCUACUUCCUUCUUAUUAACCACUAUGUUUAUCUUAAAAAUCAUGUAUUUAUCUGUUGAAAGGGUUAGAGUGGUGCUGAAGUAUAUCUGAAGGAUAGAAUGCAGGAGACAGUGUUUUUCAGAGUAACAUACCUGUAUAAAUAAGCAUAUUUAAUUAUGCUUAGUACCUUUUUAAUUCAUUUUUUAGAACCUUGUUUUGCUUUGACACAUCAAACUUUUUCAUAUAAUGAAUGUAAAGAGCUUUGAAUGACUCUGUUCUUCUUGAACUACUGCCUCCUCUGUGGAUCAGUCUCUAAGACUUAAGGAUAUUUUCCAGUUUUAACAUGUACAUUGAAUAAAUGUUUAUCUGUACUAAGCAGUUUAAUGUUAAACAUUGAGGGUCAAAUUAAGGGUCAAACUGAACAGUGAAAUUCAGCUGGAGCCCUCAUCCUGCUGUUGAAUUUAUUGUUAGGAAGUGUUGUUCAAAAUGUCAAAGCUUUGAUGUGGGUUUAUCCUGAAGAAUCAUUUGGCUGGCCAAUGAUUGAAAACACUAAACCAAAUUUUCAACAGUUUUUAUUUCAUAAAGCCUAAUCUAUUGGGCCUAAGAACUAGUAGAAGACAUCAGUGUUAUUAGAAAAUAAUCUAAAGUUAUUACUUUUUUUCUUUUUAAAAAUACAAUCAUUAAAUGCUGGAUGUUUCUAGAAAAGGUGAAAUUAAGAUUUUGGACUAAAUCACAAAUAGUUCUGAAGUUGGAGGUCUAUAACUAUAUUAUCCUAACUUUUAUUGCAGUCGCAACAUCAUGGUUGUCAUGUUAAACAUUCCAUUUGCCUUUGUGAUUCAGCCUCAAUUUAAAAGGUGUAUAUUAAUUAAUUAAAAUAAACUCAUUAAAAGUAUUUAGUCUACACAAGCUAGUGCUCUGCCACCAAAGUAGGUUAAUGAUCACAUUAGGAGACCUUGAAUUUAAGUGAGACCAAAGUCAAUGAUACAAAUCUUGUCUUUGACACUGUUAACUCUUAGUAUAUAGUAGUUUUCUGUGGAAUAUAUGACAAGAAAUGAAUUGCAGACAGUUCAAAAUCUUAAUAUCACACUGAUCUAAUUUCCAGCAGCCCUGUUUAUUUUUGAAUGGAAGAUAAAACUGAUAUGGACCUGCUGUCAUGUUCACUGGCUGUCAUAAACUGUAAAAGGUCCCCUCAAAUCCCUUUUGUUAUUUCUAUAGUAGAUAUUUAGAAAAACAAACAAACUCCUGAAAUGACAGCAGUGGUGUUCUCCUAUGAAUUGUUUUUUUAGAAGGAUGCAAAUUUAAAGGCACUGUUCAGUUUAAACUGAGGUUAUUACUAUUUUAUGCUUGAGAAUUGCUGAACAAGCUGACAAGUGAAGACUACUGUUCCAAAAAUGUAUCUUAGAUUAAAUUUAAUGUAAUCUAAAUGUCAAGAUAAUCAUCUAAUCUGAAUCUGUAUUUAUGCAUAUACUUUUCUUAGGAGCUCACCAAUACGUGUAUUGUUGUUUUAAAAUAUGGUUUAACAGUUUAGUUUGUUUGAAGAACUGUGUUUGCAUAAGUUGUUCCUAAAUUAAAUGUAAAACAUUUUGCAACUUUGACAUUUAAAAUGUGAACUCUAGCAGCAUAUGACAAUGGCCAAUAUUUAUCUGACAGUGACUGACAGUCUGAUAUAAAAGAGAAUACAGUACCACCGAUAAACUGUAAAAUAUGUGAUUAUUAGUUUCAUUAGAAAAGGAAUGAAGUGUGAAAGAGUGUUUAACCUUUGGACCUUAGCAAUAAAUAAACACCAUAAAUAUC